AUGACUUCGUCCGCCAAGAUUACUGAUUGGGUCCAUCGCAACGAUAAGUCUGGUGAAUUCAAACGCCAGGUCAGCUCGUUCAGAGACUGGAUCUCUAGGGAAUCUGGUGCAAAGUUUCCUCCUGAGAAGGGAAGAUAUCAUUUGUACGUCAGCUACGCAUGCCCUUGGGCUUGUCGUACACUUGCCGCUCGAAAGCUCAAGGGUCUCGAGGACAUCAUCUCCUACUCCGUGGUGCAUUGGCACCUGGGCCAGGAGGGAUGGCGUUUUGUAACCAAGGAUGAGAAGGAACCCGGCGAGAAUGUGAUUCCUGAUCCCAUUGACGGCCAUGAAGAUUUUACACAUUUGCGCCAGGUGUAUUUUGAGUCUUCUCCAGACUAUUCGGGACGGUUCACCGUCCCAGUGUUGUAUGACAAGAAGACCAAAAGGAUUGUGAGCAACGAGAGCUCCGAGAUUUUGCGCAUGUUCGGUUCUGAGUUUGAUCAUCUCAUUGAGGAAAAGUAUCGCGCUGUGGCGCUGUAUCCCGAGAGCCUGCGCUCGCAAAUCGAAGAAGCCAACACCUGGCAUUACGACCUCAUCAAUAACGGCGUGUACAAGUCUGGUUUCGCCACCACAUCCGAAGCCUAUGAGCGCAACGUCAUUGCUUUGUUCGAAGCGCUCGACAAGGCUGAGAAGCACUUGCGCGAACAGAAAGACGGACCGUACUAUUUCGGAAAGAAUAUCACAGAGACGGACAUCAGACUCUAUGUCACCCUGGUCCGCUUCGAUCCCGUCUAUGUCCAGCAUUUCAAGUGCAACAUUCGCGAUAUUCGCUCAGGGUAUCCCGCUCUGAACAAAUGGAUGCGCAACCUGUAUUGGAACCAUGCUGCGUUCAAAGAUACCACGCAGUUUGACCAUAUCAAGUGGCACUACACGCGGAGUCACACGCAGAUUAACCCGCUGUCGAUUACGCCUGCCGGGCCACUGCCCCAUAUUAUGAAGUUGGAUGAAGAGGUCCCUGCUGUCGCGGCGAAGAUUUGA